AGAUCCUGGGGGAACAUUUUUCAAUUUCUUUCUCAUUUUUCUUUCUUUCUCUCUACUUCAGCUUGCCAUAAAGACAUGGCAGGAGCCACAGGCCCGUUAAGCGUUCGCAGAUCAUUCGUGUCGACAUGCCCAAGAAAGGGAACCGAAAACGGCUGAAAUUUAGAGCUGGGGACGUUUGUUCGGAAUCAGUGACCGUUGCUGAUUAUGCUGAUGCCGACCCAGCCAUUGUGAAGUCGGGGAGGUUGAAAAAGGCUGUUGCAAAUGCAGUUGAGAAAGAAGUGAAAUUACUCUGUGGCCUGGAGGCCUCUCAGGGUGAUGUGGAGGAAGUCCUCUUGUCUUCACAGAGCGUCACAGCUGACGCUCUGGACAGCAGCGAUGACCUAGAACCAGAAGAGGAUGGAGAAAAUGAUGCUAAAGUGGCCCACAAGAAGAAAAACAAGAGGAGAAAGGAAAGCAUUGAGAGCGGUGAUGGGGGGGAGUACCCAGUGGAUAUUUGGUUAAUGCUCGCCUCCUAUAUCCGGCCCGAGGACGUGUGCAGAUUUGCUCUAAUCUGUAGGAAUGCCUGGACGGUCACAUGCACCGCUGCUUUUUGGACCAGGCUCUACAGAAGGCACUACAAGACUGAUGCUGACCUGCCGUUCCGUCUCCAGCCUGACUGCAUUGACCGGAUGUGCUCUUUACGUGCCCGUGUGAUUCGCUCCCUUUUCCAUUUGUAUGAGCCAUUCAGCCUGCGUGUCUCAAAAAUUCCUGCCCUGCCAGAAUCCACGCCCACAACCGUGCUGAACUCCAAGUGUUUACUGUUCUGGGUCAGAAAGGUGUCGGGUACUCGGCCUGAGGCAUUGUGGGAGUUCAACUUCAAGUUUCUAAAGCAGCAGAGACACAGUAAGAAUGGUUGUGCCAAGUCCUUGUGCAUGCCCAGACAAUACGAAGAUGUCCACACGAACCCAGACUCUGACUGCUACAUGCUUCAGGUCACCACCCUCAACUUCAUCUUCACCCCCGUGGUCAUGGGCAUGACACUGUCCCUGUUCACAAUCAACGUUAGCACAGACAUGCGGCACCACCGUGUUCGUCUGGUGUUCCAGGACACGCCGCUCCAGCGGUGGAAGAAGAGGGGGGAUCAGGGUGUGGCCCAGGUGGUGUUGGACCCAGUACACAGUGUGAAGCUCAUGGACUGGUGGCACCCACAGUACCCCUCCUCAGCCUACAUAUAGGAAUCCGGCACACCAAGAACUCUGCUCUUAUCUCUUCCCACUCAUCAGAAAUACAAUAUUGGAUGACUCCGGAAAACCCUGGAUUAUGUUCAUUCUCAGUUGAUUUCACAUUUCGAUCAUCAUUGUCAGAUGAUGGCAAAAGUGUAUAAUGUUUCACAAUAUAGAAAACACUGAUUAGAUCACAGUGAUGGAUGAUAUAUAUUGAUACAUUGCUCAAUAUGUAUAUUUAGAGCUACCAGUUGCAUAAAAAGAUUCACCGGUCUGCCAUUAUUUUACAUUGGACAAUAUGUUGCAUGCUGAACCUACAUGUGGAACACAUUUUUUAAAACUCAUGGAUUAACAUGGUGGAACAUUUGUACCGCUCACUUGAAAAAGUACAAAAGUAUCUUAAUUUUUGCACCGGUUUAGAAUUUUACGAUGUUGCAUCAACAGAGUUGUAUUGUUUUUU